UCAGGGUGACGCAGCAGAUCUCCGUUUGCCGUAAGCUACAGUGUAGUGUGUGGAUUAGUUUGUUGAAGAAAAUGAGUCAUUUUUCCAGUGGAUCUCAAAAACCAGCCCGAAAAGGGGACGGUCUUCGUCUGUACAGUAUGAGAUUCUGUCCAUUCGCUGAGAGAGCCCGCCUUGUGCUUGCGGCCAAAGGUAUUGAGUAUGAGUGCGUGAAUAUCAACUUGAAGGAUAAACCAGAGUGGUUUUUGGAAAUAAACCCUCUGGGAAAGGUCCCAACUAUUGAGAUGCCCGAUGGAAAGGUCAUUUAUGAAUCUGCAAUCUGCUGUGAAUUCCUGGAGGAUAUGUACCCGGAAAAGGCACCCCUCUUUCCUAACGACAGCUUUUCCAAACACAAGCAGCGAUUGCUGGUUGAAGUUUUGGGAAACAAGAUUAUUCCCGCCUUUUAUAAAUCUCGAACAGGCGGCCCUGAAGAGCAGCAAGAACUAGACAAGCAGCUCACUGAAUUUGAAAAAGAGCUAGGAGAUAAGAAAUUCGUCGGAGGUGACAAUCCUAGCAUGGCAGACUACCUGAUGUGGCCGUGGAUUGAGCGCCUGUAUAUGCUGGAUGACCUGAGCAAGUUCCCAGUCCUCUCAGCUUGGUGCGCGGCAAUGACCAACUUGGCCGCAGUCAAGGAAUGUAGCUAUCCAGUGGAGUGGCAUAAAAAGUUUGUUGAGUUGUACAGGGAGGGAAAUCCAGACUCACAGCUUGUCGGCAUCGAAGAAAAGGCGUAAACAACAGUCCUCUUACAAGGUCUUUUGCCAUUUUCUUUCAUUAAGUCUAGAUACAGGACAUUUGCGUUUUCAUUUAUCUCUGAAAGCUGACUCAAGUAGGUUGAACUGAAAAGUAAUGUAGUUUUUAGUCUAAGAGCUCGUAGAUCGUUGAAAUCUGUUAUAAAAACAAUAGUCAUGCGAGGAUAGCUCUUGGCUUUUGUAACUGGUUAUUCUCUGUAUUUACGUAAUUUUACUGAAUAAAAGAAAUACCGUCAGCACA